GUUGCGUUUCACUUGUUCAUACAAUCUGUUUCAUAUUCGUCCUUGGAAACCCUCGCGCCGUCAGUGAUCAGCGGGUCUGUCAUAAUUAUUGUCCGUACCGGGUUCCAUAUCCCAUCAUCAACUUAAAAAGUUGAACUCGAGGAUGUUCAACGGCGUGCCGAUGUUUCUCGUGAUGCUGCUACUCGCCCUCCUCACGCCAGUCUCCGCGUCCUUGUACCCCAUCCAGCCAAUCCAAAGCACCGUAUACUACGCUGGACAAACCGCUCUAACGAGUUGGAUAGACGAUGGGACGUAUCCGCCGCUUAGCAACAUGGGGGGUAUCACCAUACAGCUAUACUGCGAUUCUGACACGUACCUCGCGACGCUCGCUACGAACGUGAGCUCUGGAGCCAAGUCUUACCGGUUGGAUAUACCCAGGAGUCUCGUGCUGUUGCAUGAUGUCUCGAAUUUCACUCUGCGUUACCUGACGAAUACCCCGUAUGAGAUGGUCAUCUACAGCGCGGACUUUAGGAUCGUAGCUCAAGGGGACUCUAUUCCGACGCCGACGAAUGCAAAUGCGAGUGCGGGUGCGAGUUCUGCGGUGGGGUCUACGAGCGGGAAUCUGUUCUUUCAAGCGACGCGUACGCUUUCACCUUCGGUUUCGCCUUCAUCGUCACUUUCUGGGUCCGAGUCUGGAACUUCAACAUCAACACCGAGCACUGUGAUGCCGCCCCUCCGUCCAGGCGACGUCGGGAGCAUCGAUCAACCCUCUAGGAACAGCGCGGCUGGCCGCAUCGAUAUCGAGAAACUCAAGUUCCGCGUGGUGUUUAUAUUGUGGCCUGCGUUGUUGGGAGUUACGAUGGCUCUUUAGUUCUUUUUUUUUGCGUGUGUUUGUGAUUUUUGUACUUUCACACUUUUUAUUUUUUUCUUAUUUCGAUUUUGUGUUUUCA